AUGCUUCAACGACCCCUCCCAUGCCGGGCUGCCUCUCCUCCCUGGCCUGCGUUUCUUUCCCUCCGCGUGGUCGCCUUGCGCCCUGCUUUGCAUCGCUUCUUCCGCACGCCGUCCGACGCUCCACCGUCGCAUCCCACCUCACAUUCCCUGUUCUUCGCACUCCACCUUAGUGGCAAGCGGCCAGUGUUGGGUACUGAUAAGCUUCUGUGCCUCAUCCUCUUUCACAAUCUCAUCGCGCUUCAAUCCUCAGCACAUUUUACACCAACGUUCUCGCACUCCUCCGCUUCGCUCCGCGCCUCUCCCUCUCAGCGUUCCUGCGAGUUGUGCACCCAACCGGCCGCACUCCGCUGCGACGCGGAUUCCGCGUUUCUCUGUGCGGCGUGCGACGCGGCAGUGCAUUCCGCGAACUUCAUCGUGCUCCGCCACUCGCGCCACCUGCUCUGCGCGCUCUGCAGCAGCCCCACCAGCUGGGAGGCGCCCUCGCCGUUCCAACAACCCGCCGCUGCGGCGCAGACGCAGGUUCUGUGCGAUUCGUGUCUGGCCGUGGGCGCGGUUAGCGGCAUUACCGGAAACGCGGUUUUCCACACCCCGAGCGCGAUGAGCGCGAGCAUGGCUGUGUCGCUCCUCCCCCUCCAUACAUACGCAGCCGCGCUUUCUAGCUCUGCGUUCGUUCCUUCGCCCCCGUCGAAUGUCGCACCUGAAUCGCAGUCUCUCGCGAAGCGGCACAAGGCUAACCCGGAAAACCUCUUGGCGUUUGCCCAAUACCCGCCCCACGCAAAACUCUUGCAAAUGCAAUCUUCUGCAGCAGCAGCAGCAGCAGCAGCUCCCUUCGCUGCUACUCGCAGGAACAACCCUUUCGCAGAACAGCCUGGGACUCUUUCGCAACAGCAGCCCGCUCUCGCCCAGUCUGGCGUGGUUGCUGACGUAGCGGGUGUCGUUCCGGAUCUAAACGAAUCCCUCUGUAACGAGAAUCAAACGGUACCUGAUGCCUCCACGGGAAAGGGACAGCGACAGGAGGAGCACGUAGCGGGGCAGGCGCAGAACGUUCUGGGGGGAAGCUGUGCGAACGGGCAGGGUCGGAAUGUUCUUGGGCAGCUUGCAGCUGCCCGACUAAAGCGCGUUCUCUCCUCCUGGUAUGCCAGGCUCGCGCUUCGUGGGCCGCACGUGUCCGAUCUGGCGUUCCACAUCUUCCAGAAGGUUCUACGAAAGCUCCAGCCCGGCCGGGUGGCAGCCGACUCGCUGAGGGUGACGCUAGCGGCGUGCAUGUGGACGGCUGCUAAGCUAGACGACAACCAGAAGACGCUGCCUAGGGCAUCUGACGUGGCAGCGGUUGCCCGCGUAUCAGCUCAGCGCCUGCAGGCUGCUGAGCUGGAGGUGAUGAAGCUGGUGGAUUGGAGGCCCCUGGAGGGGUUCACAGGAUUUCAGGAAUGA